GGGAGAACAGCAAGGCGCCCUCUCUGCCUCCUCCUCCUCCUGGCGAGGAGAGAGAGAGACCCCGCAGCUCUUUCCCCCUCCCCCUCCCCCUGCGCGGUCGCCCCCAACCUUCCGCGAGCGCGCAAAAAUCAAAAGCGGGAGGAGGGGGGGGAGAGACGGGGAGAGGCUCCUUAGCUCUCACGUCAAGUUGUUGCUAUGGCUCUGGCCAUCUUUCCAGCAACAAGCGGGCGCCACGUGACGCGCCCGGCGAUGGCUGCGCGGCGGGGAGGGAGAAGAAGGUGAGCCGCGCCAGCCCCGCAGCAGACGCCGCUUCCCCGCGCGGCCACCUCGGGCGUGCCAAACGCUGCCUCGCUCGGCGCUCCCCCCCACCCCCGCCCCCGCCGGCAUUGUUCUGCCGCUGCCCCCUUCCCGCUCGCCCGUCGACAACACCCUCCCUCCCCUUUAUUUUUGCAGCGUCGCCUUUGCACGCAGCAGCGACCCAGCUCGGAUGGAUGGAGCGUUCCCACGAGCCACGGAUGUUCCGCUAUGUUUCUGAUGCGCAGCUCCGCUGAACUCCGACAAUCGGCCGCUGCUCGCCUUCAGCCUCUCCCAUGGGCUCGCCAGUAUCGUUUGUUUUAUCCAGGAUGGCCGCUUGUGGAGGCACCACCAAAAACAGGCUCACAGUAAAUAAACACGUUUGGGACUUCCUGACCAAGGAGAGCUCUGCCAAGCUGGUCAAGCUGAAGGAAGAGAACAAGGUCAGCAUCUUGAUUGAUGGGGAAACCUCCGAGAUCUACGUCCUGCAGAUUACUCUGCCUGCCCAUGGGCCCAGCAAUGGCCUCUACCUGGCCCGCAAGGCCCUUAAGGCCCUGCUCAAGGAGACAGAGAAAGAGCUGAAGAAGGCCCAACGCCAGAGCGAGCUGAUGGGCUGCAUGGCCUUGAUGGAGAAGAACCGAGAGCACGGGACGGUGGAGCUUCACCGCCGAGGCACCGCCUUGAUCUCCAGAGGGCAGCAGACCUCCGGGCCAAGAGUGGUCGGUAGUGGCGGAGGGGUAGCCGGCUGCUCACGGGGAGGGGAGGAGGAACAGGACAGCCAGUGCCCCAUCUGUUUGGGGGAAAUCCAAAACAUUAAGACACUCGAGAAGUGCAAGCACUCCUUCUGUGAGGACUGCAUCACUCGAGCGCUGCAAGUCAAGAAAGCCUGCCCUAUGUGCGGGCGCUUCUACGGGCAACUGGUGGGCAACCAGCCUGAGAACGGGCGCAUGCUGGUCUCCAAGGACUCGAGUCUGCUGCUCCCGGGUUAUGAGAAAUAUGGCACCAUCAUCAUCCAAUAUGUCUUCCCACCCGGGAUACAAGGAGUGGAGCAUCCCAACCCUGGAGUCCGCUACCCCGGCACCACCCGCGUUGCUUACCUGCCCGAUUGCCCAGAAGGCAACAAGGUGCUGGCUCCUUGGUUCCCGUUAGGAGCUCUUUGACCAACGCCUCACCUUUCACUCAUCGUAGUACCUUCCACAUUUGAUCCACCGGCCAGCAUGACCAAUGUCAUCACUUCCACCUUUGGAAAUCGACAUCCACCACAAAACCAACUGCACCGGAGGACCACAGCUGUUUGGCUAUCCUGAUCCCACGUAUCUUGCUCGGGUGCAAGAGGAGCUGCGAGCCAAGGGUAUCACCAAUGACUGAGCUUGUUCCUCGCUGCCCUGCGUCUGCCAACGGCACCUUUGUUUCUGCCAGGCUGCAGUGGGAGCCACAGCCAUCCAUCCAAGCCACAAGUCUCAUAGCUGGUUCUUGAUCCUGGGUGGGGUGAGGGGGCAGAGCCUGGGCAUUCUGGCUGAGAAGACAUUUUGAAUGGAAGUUUGCUUGAAACAGGGGGAAUGGAGGCGUGUUUGUGUGUAUGUGGAACCCUUCUUCCUGCCAUGCAUUGUGGGAGGCUUAAGUGGGCUUUGAUUAAGGUCCACGUAGUGCCCAGCAGGCUCGGAAUGGAUGGGUCAGAUAAAAAAAGCUGGAACCUUUCUGAUGGAAUAUAGUGCUGGGAUGCUGGAUUGUACCACUUCAGACGGUCUGCUGGGGGGUGUAGGUGUGUGUGUGUGUGUUAAAUUUUGGAGUCUACCUUUUUUAAAAAAUCAACCCUCCCUGGGUGUAGUGUCAAAGCAUAUCAGUUAGAAGGUGUUGCUUAAUGACUUUCUGUGCUAUGUUUGCUGGAAGCUUAGGGAGGGCGUUAAUAAUUUUCUCCACCUGUAGUCUGAAGUCAUAUAACCCAGCUUGCCUGGGGAUACUUUGCUUGUGGAAAGCCAGGAAGAUGUAUUUUUGGGGUUGUUUUUUUUAACUUCCCACAAAAAUGUCUGGGUAUUGUUUUGUCAGAGAUGAUUAUCUGUGUGUGAGAGAAAGAAAAAAAAAGAAUUAAGAAAGUGACAUUUCUAUGCGUCUUUUUAAUCUCAGUGCAGUCCUUUGGAGGUAGGUCAGCAGUAUCCCCACUAUGUAGAUGGAGGGCUAAACAGUGGCUUGUCCUAGGGUUUUUUGGCACAUGGUGCUCACUUGAUGAACAUGGUUCUUACUGGGUGAUGUUAGGUCAGUCACUCUUGGCCUGGCACCCCUUUCCCCCUCAUUAGAGAGUUACGAAGAAAAAGUAAAUGUAGGGGGGACUUCAUAUGUCACCCUGAGACCUUCGGUCGAAAAAGAACGGGAAAAAACACUUUCGUCCUAUCUGGCCUUCCAAACCUGUUCCUUUUCUUCCUUCUGUUCUUGCUCUUCUGUUCCUUUAUUUCAAACUUCCAGCAUUCCAGACUUUUGGGGAAUAAAGAUCAGCAUAAAAAUGGAGCAAACUGAAUUGACAAAACAUUUCUUUGGGCAGUCAAACAUGGGUUUUCUCCAUGACUAAUGACUGUGUUGCAGGAAGGCCUGGUUCCUGGAGUUUGACAUUAAGGUGGGUGGGAGACAGGAAAUGGGACUGCAUACUAUGCAGGGAGCAGCGGUGAGUGUGUGUGUGAGAGAGACACAUAUAAUUGUUCUUAAGCCUAUAUAGCCAGCCUCUGAGCUCACUGCCCCCUUGCUGAUCGCUGGGAUUGCCUGGGCAUCUUGCUGUCCACCCAGUGCUUCUUGUCUGUAGGAUCAGCAUCAAGCCCAACUCUUGAACUCUCCGGGGACAUUUGAUUAUACCCUUCGUGUCAGCCAGGAGGACAAUGGCUUCUCAGCUCCAGGCACAGGCAGCAAGACCCGACCAUCUCCGGCGAGGGCGAUCACUCACCUUGCCCCAUGGACCAUGCCUUGUGUACAUACCUUCUGCGCUGGCAUCUCAGCUCUUCUGUAAUUAUUCCAGCCAAGUCCUGUUUGGGGUAGAACUUGUGUCACCCGGAACUUAACCAAACCCGCUUGAACUCUAUGGCUGGUCUGUAUACUCUUGGACUCUGGCACCUACCUGUUGUUGAGUGUUUGGGGGGAGGGAAGGGGGGGGCGGUUUCCUGGCUAAUUGUAAGCUGUUGCCUCUGGCAGAGAUGGAUUCUCCUGUUCAGUCUAUCUUGCAGCGACGAGAGCUCCCCUUGGAUGCACAGAAUGGACAGUGGGGCUUUCUUUGCUGUUUUAAAAAGAGUUACCGAAAAUA